UUUGCCUUCUUAUCUGAUUACGUUUCUUCGUCCAACUCCACACCCCCAACCACCGUUGCCAUGGAGAAACUUGAAACGCCUUUUACUAUUGAAAUCGAUGGCAAACCCGUCGCAGCCGUUGGCGAAAAUGCCGAAGACGGCAUCCACGCUCAACUUGGCACGGAAGCGGCAAUUUUCACUCUUAGCAGUGGCCAACUCAUCUCGGGCGACUGGAUACUUGGACGUAGUUUGAUGGAAGACAGGAGUAUGGGGCCAAAGAAACUCUGUUGGUUCAAGAGCCAACCGGAAGCCGCUCAGAAGCUCCAUGCAGUGUCUGCGCUUGAAGACGACAAAUCACAAAAGCUGCAGUUCGGCGGAGGAGGUAUGAUAGCCGAGGGUAACGGUGUUUUUGUGGACCUCCUUGGUGAAAAUCGCGCUAUUGUAAAGAAGGUCGCCAAAUAG